AUGCAGAGUCUGGGUUUUAAAAAAAGAUACAGAUACAAAGCAUGCCCAGAGAGACGUCAGCACAGAGUGGAGUGUGGGCUGAGGAAUGCUGCCUCCUCGGGAGGUGACAGUCAAAAGCGCUGGCUCAUCGUGGGUGUCAAAGGCCGUGUGCUGCAGGUAAAUAGCGAUGAGACGCUUCCCUCCCACUCAGAUUCCACACUGGGAGCUUGGCCAACUUGGGAUGAUUGUCAGCAGCUCCUCCAAACCCUUUUUACUAGUGAGGAAAGGGAAAGAAUCCUUCUAGAGGCCCAAAAGAACAUUCCGGGAGCAGACAGGACUCCCUCUAGGCUGGACAAUGUCAUCAACGAGGGAUUCCCCCUAGACCGUCCAAACUGGGACUUCAACACGGCAGAAGGUAUGGAGCGACUGACAGUCUAUCGCCAGGCUCUAGUGGAGGGCCUCCUCGGGGCUGCAUGGUGCCCCACAAAUUUGGCCAAGGUAACUCUUAAGGUGGAGGGGAAUCCCGUCGAGUUCCUAGUAGACACGGGGGCUCAACAUUCGGUACUACUCAAUACUAGUGGACCCCUGGCCUACAAAAAAUCAUGGGUUAUUGGGGCCCCUGGACAGAAACAAUACUCAUGGACUAUCCGAAAAACAGUUGAUUUGGGAACGGGCCGGGUAACCCACUCAUUCCUAGUCAUCCCUGAAUGCCCUGCCCCAUUACUGGGGAGGGACCUGUUAAUUAAACUAGGAGCCCAGAUUGCUUUCAAACCAGAUGGGCUGGAGGUCACCUAUUCAAGGGGCGUCACUGCCCUAACACUCAGAAUGUUUGAGACGCCCCCAGGUCAGCCUUCUGACAUCCAGCAAUGGUUACAAGAGUUCCCUGAUGCCUGGGCAGAGACUGCAGGGAUGCGAUUGGCUCUAAACCAACCACGGGUUGUCAUAGAACUCCAGACAACUGUCACUUCCAUACAGGUACAGCAGUACCCCUUGAGUCAGGAGGCACUACAAGGUAUUAGGCCAUAUAUCCAGUGCCUCCUCCAACAGGGCAUUCUCAUCCCUUGCCAGUCAUCAUGGAACACUCCCCUAUUGCCCGACAAAAAGCCAGGGACAAGAGAUUAUCGGCCAGUCCAAGCCUGA